AUGCCUGUGUCAAUUGAGCACAUAGCAGCCAAUAAGUUCAUCGGUAUUGCCGAUGGAACGGUUCUCAGUUUCUGUCCGUCUAUGAACCUCUUGGCGGUUUCUAUGAACAGGACGUCUAUCUGGGUGUAUCGACUCGAUGGUGAAAGAAUCUAUUCUGUGAAUAACAAAAGUCCAAUUAAACAACUUAUUUGGAGUCCUGAUGGCAAGAAGUUUUGUUUAAAUGGAGCAGAUAUGCUCUGUAAGGUGUAUGAUGCAAACUCUGGUGUGCUUUUGAGCACAAUUGGACAACUGAAUCAUGAAAUAAUGCUUGCAAACUGGUGCGGUUACAGUCACAAUUCUGAACUAAAGUUUGGCAAUUUGUUCAAGAUCAAUGUUCUUGAUCUGAUGCCCCAGCUUGUACAUGAGUUACCUGUUCCAAAAGAGAAUACCAGUGAAUAUCUCUUGGAGGUUUGUGGUUUAGGUGAACUCGCUUUAUCGUUCAAUAACAUUCUUCAUGUUCCAGGCAUCAAUUUACCGCCAGAAAAAAAAUACCUUGGUCAUGCUCUGUCCUCCUUAUGGAACCACACGUUCUUAGCAUGCUCCGACUCUCAGCAUUUACAACUCAUUGACUUACUUUUCGACAUACCAAUGGAGCUUCGAGAGUAUCAUAUGAGUAUUAUUAGACAAUUAUGUCAAAUAUUGUCACUCGUUAACAUGAUUAAAGAAGUUCUUUCCACCCUCAAAGAAGAACUCAAGUCUCACUUUCAGCUCUUUGACAGGUAUAUUUCCAACCUCAAUGACGCAUUAUACGGCGAUACAGAUCUUACCACUCACUUUCCUACUCCCCAAGAGUCUCAACUUAAGUUGUGCAAUAGUUUGUACGAUAUACUUCUAACGGGCAUAAUCCCCGAGUCUUUAAAAGAUUACUGGCUAAAUCAGCUUGGAGAGAGAGGAAUAAAAAGGCUUGCUAAGCUGGGGUCUAGUGCUUACGACCUGAUUCGAAAGCAAUGCUUUGCACUGGUGGUAGCUGCAAUGGAGAGAAUAAUUAUUUUGUUAACAAGUUUGAAUGGCAUAAGUCAGUGGUUGGAGACUGACGAAGAGCAAAGUAAUUUGGGGCUCUUGUCUUCGUCGCUCGAGCGGCUCUUAGAGCUGGCCAAGGGCAUUAUCAGGUCUAUUCAUGAACUAAUGUGGGCAGUCAACGAAGAACAAAAGCUUUUCGUUAUAUUUACAAAUUGGGUAAAGCUGUACAUCAUUGACAAGCUUGCGACAGAAGAUGAUCCCGAAACGUACUUUGCUGCAAUUGAACUGCGCAGUUAUAAACACGCGGAUAUACUCGAGUAUCUCAACAACUACCUUUUCAGUAGUAGCGUCCUUCAAUAUUUUAACUUGAGACUCGACUUGGAAGUUCUAUUACAACUGGAAGCCCCCAAGGAUAUCGAAACGCAAUUCAACAACUUUGUUGAUGAGCUCAAUAACGAGCUUAUAGUGAAAGUUGUUUCUUGCGUCAAAGAUUCAGUAAAGGUAGGACAAGAGCUUCAAGUUCUGGAAUCUUGCGAAGGAGCUUCGUUAACCUCACAAGAUGGUAGCUUAAUCGUGAAAACUAUUUCCGACUCAACAAUUCACCUCAUCAAAGUGUCUCCCGAUACUGGCCUGCAAAUCCUGAAGGUAUCAAUAACACUUCCAGAAACCGUCAUCAGUGCCGAGAUCAAGGCGGCUCGUUUGGUCUUACUCACAAGCUCCAGUGUUUACAUAUAUGACUGGCUCGAAGCUUUCAGGUCAAGCAAUCAUCAAGCAAUCUCGCUUCUGCAUCAAGAUGCAAUAUCCUGCUUGAAAUGUGCAGAUAUUCAUCACGACUUUCAAAAUCCACGUCACAUAGCCAUUAACGAUGACUUUACUUUGGGAUGCAUUUUGGACCAAAAUAGACGCUCCUAUGCGUUGUUUCGGUUGCAUGAGACCGCAGUGGGGUCCUCGUAA